ACCAGUGAAAGUUUUGGGGAUGUGCAACAGCUGAGAGAAGCAGAGAUUCACAUUUCGGAGGAGUAUUCUACUGUGAAAUUUACACUCGCAGCAAAAGCCAUAAAAACCGUCUGAGCCAAAUCAUUAUGCUGGCCCUCUGGUUUGUAUCAUUUGUACUAUUGUGUGCAUGGAGUCACAGCUACGCACAGUAUGAGCACUUGGGUUACCCUCCGGGCUACCAGGACUCUUCCCAGGAUCUUUACAGUGCUCCAGAGCUUCCUGCAGAUACACCCAGGAUACAGCUACGUCUGGCAGGAGAGAAACGGAAGCACAAUGAAGGGCGCGUUGAGGUCUUCUAUGGUGGGGAAUGGGGGACUGUGUGUGAUGAUGAUUUCACCAUUCACGCAGCUCAAGUUGUAUGCAGAGAACUGGGUUAUUUUGAAGCAGUCUACUGGUUUCCAUCAUCUAAAUAUGGGAAGGGAGAAGGCCGUAUCUGGUUUGACAAUGUCCACUGCACGGGGAAGGAGAGGAGUUUGGCUCAGUGUGAGUCUAAUGGCAUAGGUGUGUCUGAUUGCAAGCAUACUGAGGAUGUCGGGGUGGUUUGCAGUGACAAGAGAAUCCCAGGAUUCAAGUUUGUUAACACCCUAACCAACAACAUCAAUAGUCUGAACAUUCAGGUGGAGGAUGUUCGUAUUCGCCCCAUCCUGUCAUCAUAUCGUAAGCGCAUCCCAGUGACAGAGGGCUACGUGGAGGUGAAGGAUGGAGGCAAAUGGAAGCAGAUCUGUGAUGAUGACUGGACUCAGAUGAACAGCAGGGUCAUCUGCGGCAUGUUCGGCUUUCCAGGAGACAAGAGAUACAAUACCCGUGUGUACAAGAUGUUUGCCCGCAGGAGAAAGCCAACUUACUGGGAUUACUCCAUAAAUUGCACCGGAAAUGAAGCUCAUUUGUCUAGCUGUAAGCUGGGCCACACACUCACCAUCAAAGCCAAUAGCACGUGUGAGCAGGGCACUCCUGUGGUAGUCAGCUGCGUCCCUGGCAGAGCUUUCGCCCCGACUCCCAUGUCAGGAUACAGGAAGGCCUUCAGACAGGAGCAACCCCUGGUGCGUCUCAGAGGUGGUGCUGUAGUUGGAGAGGGGCGUGUGGAGGUGUUGAAGAAUGGAGAAUGGGGCACGAUCUGUGAUGACAACUGGAAUCUCGUAGCAGCUACUGUGGUGUGUCGUGAGCUUGGAUUUGGGAGUGCCAAAGAGGCGCUUUCUGGAGGUCAGCUUGGACAAGGAAUGGGCCCUGUACAUAUGAAUGAGGUGCAAUGUUCUGGCUUUGAGAAGUCUGUCACUGAGUGCCCCUUCAAUAUGGAUAAAGACUCUGAAGGCUGCAGUCACGAGGAGGACGCAGGCGUGAGGUGCAAUGUUCCUGCCAUGGGCUUCCAACAGAGGCUGCGGUUGAGUGGUGGGCAUAACCCCUUUGAAGGACGCGUUGAGGUUCUUAUGGAGCGCAACGGUUCUCUGGUGUGGGGGACUGUGUGCGGUGAGGGCUGGGGCACUAUGGAGGCCAUGGUGGUCUGCAGACAGCUGGGCCUGGGCUUUGCAAGCAGUGCUUUCCAGGAGACAUGGUACUGGCCUGGUUCAGUGAAUGCAGAUGCAGUGGUUAUGAGUGGGGUAAGGUGUGCUGGAACAGAGAUGUCUCUCUCCCACUGUCUACAUCAUGGAGAAUAUCUUAGCUGCCCUAAAGGUGGAGGACGCUUUGCUGCUGGUGUUUCCUGCUCUGAGACUGCCCCAGAUCUGGUGCUCAACCCCCAGGUGGUGGAACAGACCACAUACUUAGAGGACCGACCUAUGAUCAUGUUACAGUGUGCCUAUGAGGAGAACUGCCUGGGCUCAACCUCAGGUGCCACCCCAGCCAACUCCUAUCGCCGACUCCUUCGCUUCUCCUCCCAGAUUCACAACAAUGGACAAUCUGACUUCAGACCCAAAGCCUCCAGAGAGACCUGGGUUUGGCAUGACUGCCACAGGCACUAUCAUAGUAUGGAAGUGUUCACCCACUAUGACCUACUUAGCAACAAUGGCACCAAGGUGGCAGAGGGACACAAAGCAAGUUUCUGUCUGGAGGACUCAGAAUGUGAUGAAGGAAUUGAAAAGAGAUUUGAGUGUGCAAACUUUGGUGAGCAGGGGAUCACAGUGGGCUGCUGGGAUACAUACAGACAUGAUAUUGACUGCCAGUGGGUGGACAUUACAGAUGUUAAACCAGGAGACUACAUAUUCCAAAUUGUAAUUAACCCCAAUUAUGAGGUUGCUGAGUCGGAUUACACCAAUAACAUUGUCAAAUGCAGAUGUCGAUAUGAUGGUCAUCGUAUAUGGAUGUAUAAUUGCCAUAUAGGGGGCUCCUUUAGUGCCGAGACAGAAGACACUUUCCCUGGCCUGAUCAACAACCAGGUGACCCAUAGGUAAAAGAGAGGUGAUAAAGAACGUCUAGAAACCCCGGCCAACCAGUAAGAUUAUCAAGAGCCAUGAACCACUACACCUCUCUAGAGGACUUUUCAUCUCUCAGUAAUUUCAUGGUACUUGUUCAACUAUGCUCAGUGUCACAACAUUCCUCUACUGUAUUACAGUACUGAACUCUACUGAACAUCACUAUUUCAAAAGAAAUUCAAUAGACCAUCUGACCACUGAGCCAGCAGCAAUACUGAAACCUAAUUCUUUCUCUGUUUGCUGCUGGUUUUGAAGAUGAAACUGUGGAUAACUCUCAAGUGAGCUCACUUCAGACAUGUAAGGACCUCUGGUGCACUUUUUAACUUCUAAAAAGGAUCUUUGGUUUAGGUCUUUUUGUAAGCGUUUUGGACAAGGUAAGAGGAGUUUCCUCAGAUGAGUCUUCUGACAGAAUAUAACAUAAAUCUACAAAAAAAUAAAGGCCUGAAGAGACCAUUUUCUUUCCUUUUUAGUGACACGCAUUUCAGGUAUAUACUUUGGCAUUUUGAAAAACAAGCUGAUUACUUCUGCUUAUAUAAUUGGUUAUAAUUUAAGUGUCUUAUGGGUUUGUAGAGGAAACAACUGAUACAACUGAAGAAAGGUAUGAUGAGACCAAUAAUAUUUUCUACCAAAGUCCUUUUUUAUCACUAUUUUUAGAAAUUAUAUUAUAUAAGGCAUUUUAAUGUAUGAAUACUUUAAAUAUUGCCACUAGCCCUAAGCAUUCUAAUUCAGAUUAGAAGUUCAUAAACACUGUUUAAAGGGUUAGUUCACCCAAAAAUGAAAAUUCUGUCAGUUACUCACCCUCAUGUUGUUCCAAACC